GCUAAACGCUGUGAUAUCACGAGAACACGGAGAACGUGGAACAGAAACAAGCCCGACAAUCAGAGAGGAGACCUACGGGGUUUCACAGACCAGGGCCAUCACAAGAGCGGGAUGGAAGAGAACCAGAGCCCGAAGCACCGCACCGACAACUCCGUUAAAAGGGAAGAAUCAAGCUCACCCCCUGCUACCACCGAUAAACAGAAACAAACAGGAAGGAUGGGACUCAAACGUCACUGCUGUCAGCACUGUGAAAAAGCCUUCACGACAUCAAGAUAUUUAAAGAUUCACCAGAGAGUUCACACCGGAGAGGAACUUCACACCUGUGAACAAUGUGGGAAAACUUUUACUAGAAACAGCACUCUAAGAAUCCACCAACGCAUUCACACUGGAGAGAAGCCGUACCGGUGUGAGCAAUGUGGAAAAGCUUUCGCAAGAGACGGUGAUCUAAAAAGCCACCGACGUAUUCACACUGGAGAGAAGCCAUACCGGUGUGAGCAAUGUGGAAAAGCUUUCGCAAGAGACGGUGAUCUAAAAAUCCACCAACGCAUUCACACUGGAGAGAAGCCGUACAGCUGUGAGCAAUGUGGGAAAGCCUUCUUUACAGGCAGUCUUCUAAAAAUCCACCAACGCAUUCACACUGGAGAGAAGCCGUACUGGUGUGACCAAUGUGGGCAAGCCUUCUUUACAGGCAGUAUUCUAAAAAUCCACCAACGCAUUCACACUGGAGAGAAGCCGUACAGCUGUGACCAAUGUGGGAAAGCCUUCGCUACAGGCAGUAUUCUAAAAAUCCACCAACGCAUUCACACUGGAGAGAAGCCGUACAGCUGUGACCAAUGUGGGAAAGCUUUCACUGCAGACAAUUCUCUAAAAAUCCACCAACGUAUUCACACUGGAGAGAAGCCGUACUGGUGUGACCAAUGUGGGAAAACUUUCACUGCAGACAAUUCUCUAAAAGUCCACCAACGCAUUCACACUGGAGAGAAGCCGUACUGGUGUGACCAAUGUGGGAAAACUUUCACUCAAGACAGUCAUCUGAAAAGGCACCAACGCAUUCACACUGGAGAGAAGCCGUACAGCUGUGACCAAUGUGGGAAAACUUUCACUCAUGAUGGUGAUCUAAAAAGCCACCGACGCAUUCACACUGGAGAGAAGCCAUACCGCUGUGACCAAUGUGGGAAAACUUUCACUAGAGGCAGUACUCUAAAAAGCCACCGACGCAUUCACACUGGAGAGAAGCCGUACUGGUGUGACCAAUGUGGGAAAGCCUUCGCUACAGGCAGUAUUCUAAAAAUCCACCAACGCAUUCACACUGGAGAGAAACCAUACAGCUGUGAGCACUGUGGGAAAGCCUUCACUGCAGACAAUACUCUAAAAAUCCACCAACGCAUUCAUACUGGAGAGAAGCCGUACUGGUGUGACCAAUGUGGGAAAGCUUUCACUACAGACAAUUCUCUAAAAAUCCACCAACGUAUUCACACUGGAGAGAAGCCGCACUGGUGUGACCAAUGUGGGAAAACUUUCACUCAAGACAGUAAUCUAAAAAGGCACCAACGCAUUCACACUGGAGAGAAGCCGUACUGGUGUGAGCAGUGUGGGAAAACUUUCACUCAUGACAGUAAUCUAAAAAGCCACCAACGCAUUCACACUGGAGAGAAGCCGUACUGGUGUGACCAAUGUGGGAAAACGUUCACCCAAAACAGUACAUUAAAAGCCCACCAACGCAUUCACACUGGAGAGAAGCCGUACUGGUGUGAGCAAUGUGGGAAAACUUUCACUGGAGACAGUGCUCUAAAAAGGCACCAACACAUUCACACUGGAGAGAAGCCGUACUGGUGUGACCAAUGUGGGAAAACGUUCACCAACGACAGUACAUUAAAAGCCCACCAACGCAUUCACACUGGAGAGAGGCCAUACUGGUGUGACCAAUGUGGGAAAACUUUCACCCAAGACAGUGCUCUAAAAAACCACCAUCAUAUUCACACUGGAGAGAAGCCGUACUGGUGUGACCAAUGUGGGAAAACGUUCACCAACAACAGUGCAUUAAAAGCCCACCAACGCAUUCACACUGGAGAGAAGCCGUACUGGUGUGAGCAAUGUGGGAAAACCUUCACUCAAGACAGUCAUCUAAAAAUCCACCAACGCAUUCACACUGGAGAGAAGCCGUACUGGUGUGAGCAAUGUGGGAAAACGUUCACCGAGGACAGUCAUCUAAAAAGGCACCAACGCAUUCACACUGGAGAGAAGCCGUACUGGUGUGACCAAUGUGGGAAAACUUUCACUCAAGACAGUAGUCUAAAAAGCCACCAACGCAUUCACACUGGAGAGAAGCCAUACUGGUGUGACCAAUGUGGGAAAACGUUCACCAACAACAGUACAUUAAAAGCCCACCAACGCAUUCACACUGGAGAGAAGCCGUACCGGUGUGACCAAUGUGGGAAAAUGUUCACCAACAACAGUACAUUAAAAGCCCACCAACGCAUUCACACUGGAGAGAAGCCGUACUGGUGUGAGCAAUGUGGGAAAACUUUCACCCGAGACAGUGCUCUAAAAAGCCACCAACGCAUUCACACUGGAGAGAAGCCGUACUGGUGUGACCAAUAUGGGAAAACGUUCACCAACAACAGAACAUUAAAAGCCCACCAACGCAUUCACACUGGAGAGAAGCCGUACCGGUGUGAGCAAUGUGGGAAAACUUUCACUCGAGACAGUAAUCUAAAAAGGCACCAACGCAUUCACACUGGAGAGAAGCCGUACUGGUGUGACCAAUGUGGGAAAACUUUCACUCAAGACAGUAUUCUAAAAAGCCACCAACGCAUUCACACUGGAGAGAAGCCAUACUGGUGUGACCAAUGUGGGAAAACGUUCACCAAAAACAGUUCAUUAAAAGCCCACCAACGCAUUCACACUGGAGAGAAGCCGUACUGGUGUGACCAAUGUGGGAAAACGUUCACCAACAACAGUACAUUAAAAGUCCACCAACGCAUUCACACUGGAGAGAAGCCGUACUGGUGUGAGCAAUGUGGGAAAACUUUCACUCGAGACAGUACUCUACAAAGCCACCAUCGUAUUCACACUGGAGAGAAGCCGUACUGGUGUGACCAAUGUGGGAAAACGUUCACUGAGGACAGUCAUCUAAAAACCCACCAACGCAUUCACACUGGAGAGAAGCCGUAGUGGUGUGAGCAAUGUGGGAAAACGUUCACUAAGGGCAGUCAUCUAAAAACCCACCAACGCAUUCACUCAGCAUCGUGUUGAACAUGUUUCGGAGGCAGGUUAGCACUGUCCCCCUGUCUCCUCUCCAUGCCUUUAAUAACAGUGUUGUUCUAUCCUGAGCUUCUCUACAAACUGAAGGCUGCCAACUGCAACUUUAGAAUCAGCAUGUAUGCCAUUAGCGGCCCAUGUGACCAAAUUUUAAGCUCAGUGAUUGGUCGUAGUUUACCUAUACCCUGAAAGAUUUGAGUUGAGAUUCCUUGAGUUUCAUGUUGAUCCAAGUCAUAGAAGUGUGAGUCACAUAACAUUGUCAGUGGGGAAAAUGAACAGCAUUUCUACGCCUGAAAUAACUCCUCACACCUCACAACUCUAUACCGCUCUGUGCAAAAAAAUGUGGCCCAGCAAAUAUGUAUAGUGGUUAAAGGUGUGUAUAGUAAAACUUAGAGAAACCACGAAAUUAGUUUAAAGGAGUUUAAGGUGGAUUUAGGAUUCGUUUUUGGUGGUUUUACAGACGAUUGAGGAACAGUUUAGUUUAAUGGUAAUUAGAUUUUGAGGAGUAACAGUAUGUUUGGGGACAGACCGAGACAAGGUGACACUAAAAUAUGGGAUGUUAAUAAAGUUAGGUUAAAGAGGGAAUUUGAGGUAACACAUGUCUUAUAAUGUAACCUUUCUUAUAAUGUUUAUGAUUCAUAAUUAUAUAUACAAAAAUAAAUCAUUUUUGCCUUUUUUCUCUCUACAUGUAAUCUGGAAGUUUUCAGCUUCUCAGUGUCUUCUCCUUUUUUUUUUCACUGUUAGAAAAAAGUUGAAAAGAUAAACUUAAUUUUUGGUCAACUGUCCAUACUCAUUUGGGGGUCAAAGAGGCAUCUCUUGUGAUCAAAAUGGUUGAAAUCCUAGUCUUGUUGGCACUCAGAUUACUCAGCUGAUGUUAAUAAUUUAACACGUAAAACGUUGUCCAAAGAAUAGGUUCAAGUUCUUCUAAGUUCAGGUUCUUUGUAGUUUGGGUGUAAAUGCAUUACAGUUGCCAUGAGAUCAGGUUAUCUCUGUAUUUAUUAUAUAACAUGUUAAAAAAAAUAAAAAUAAAAAAUUGAGAAUAAAAAACAAGAAUAAACCAU